ACGCGGGGGCGGCGGGGCCCAGCGCCCCGGCCCCAGCCGGCCCCACCCGAGCCAGUGCCACGCGCGGCGCGGAUACGCGGGGACCCUCUCAGUGCGGAGACGAUGGCCAAGCUGCAGGGCUUCGAGUUCUGGAGCCGCACCCUGGGGGGAGCCCGCCACGUGGUGGCUCCCAUGGUGGACCAAAGCGAGCUGGCCUGGAGGCUGCUGAGCCGCCGCCACGGGGCACAGCUGUGCUACACCCCCAUGCUGCAUGCCCAGGUCUUCGUCCGCGACGCAAACUACCGGAAGGAAAACCUCUACUGCGAAGUGUGCCCGGAGGACCGGCCCCUCAUUGUGCAGUUCUGUGCCAAUGACCCAGAGGUGUUUGUCCAGGCGGCUCUCCUGGCACAGGAUCACUGCGACGCCAUCGACCUGAACUUGGGCUGUCCACAGAUGAUAGCCAAGAGAGGUCACUAUGGUGCCUUCCUGCAGGAAGAGUGGGACCUGCUCCAAAGAAUGAUUCUGCUGGCCCAUGAGAAACUCUCUGUUCCUGUCACGUGCAAGAUCCGUGUCUUCCCAGAGAUUGAGAAGACGGUGCGGUACGCCCAGAUGCUGGAGAAGGCCGGCUGCCAGUUGCUGACCGUGCACGGACGCACCAAGGAGCAGAGGGGGCCCCUGUCAGGCGCAGCGUCCUGGGAACACAUCAAGGCUGUGCGGAAGGCUGUGGCCAUCCCUGUGUUUGCCAACGGGAACAUCCAGUGCCUGCAGGACGUGGAGCGGUGCCUGCGGGACACGGGCGUGCAGGGGGUCAUGAGUGCAGAGGGCAACCUGCACAACCCCGCCCUGUUCGAGGGCCGGAGCCCUGCAGUGUGGGAGCUGGUGGAGGAGUACCUGGACCUCGUGCGCCAGCACCCCUGCCCACUGUCCUACGUCCGGGCCCACCUCUUCAAGCUGUGGCACCACACGCUGCAGGUGCACCAGCAGCUUCGAGAGGAGCUCGCCAAAGUGAAGACCCUGGAGGGCAUCGCUGCUGUGAGCCAGGAGCUGAAGCUGCGCUGCCAGGAGGAGAUGUCUAGGCAGCAGGGAGAGAAGCCCACCAGUGACCUGCCGUUCUUCCACUGGAUCUGCCAGCCCUACGUCCGGCCAGGGCCCCGGGAGGGGAGCAGGAACUCGGGGGCUUGCAGUAAACGGGCCCUGGAGGAGGAGGAGGGCAGCUCAGAGGUCCUGUCCAAGAAUAAGCAGAAGAAGCAGCUGAGGAACCCCCACAAGACCUUCGACCCAUCUCUGAAGCCAAAAUAUGCAAAGUGUGACCAGUGUGGAAACCCAAAAGGCAACAGGUGUGUGUUCAAUCUGUGUCGUGGCUGCUGUAAGAAGCGGGCCUUUAAAGAGACUGCGGAUUGCCCAGGUCACGGAUUGCUUUUUAAAACCAAACUGGAGAAGUCUCUGGCCUGCAAAGGGGCCCAGCUUGGGCUGCAGGAGCCUCAGCAGGCUGGGCCUGGGGCACCAGGUGGCUUCUCUGAAGUUGUGGGCAGUGCGCUGGCCUGAGGGCCAGUAGGACCUGCCCCCACCCCGGGACUGCUGCUGGAGCCUGGACACGUCCUACUUAAGGAAACGCCUUUUUCUCAGGGAAUCUCCUGCUAUUUAACAUGGAAGGACGUGCCAAUGUCCUCCUCUUGGCCCACACUGGGGCCUGGAAAUGCUGCAGCUGGGAGCAGGCCUCAGGCUGGACCUGCCCUGUCCUCACAACUCUGUGUUCUAAAAAGUGAACAAUAAAUCAUUUCAAAGGUGCA